GGGGCGGAUCGAUGGUGUCACGUGAGCUGAUUGGUUUGCGCUCGAGCUGUUUUCCUCCAGCGGCCUGGUGGAAAAGGCCGAGGGACGGCUGAGGGGAAAAAGUUGUGGCCGCAUCGGAAAGACGAGAGCUUUUAAACACUCCCUUACUGCGAUGUGGAAAGGCGAGAAGCUGCCCGCGAGCUGCCUCUGUGUAAAAGCAAAGGUUUCACAGUGACUUGCAAACACCAUGGUUGUGCCCCCUAUUGACACUCCUAGCCCUCCAAACAUGGUAGCAGAUGUGGUUUUCGUUAUCGAAGGGACAGCGAAUCUUGGGCCAUACUUUGAAUCUCUCCGGAAGCAUUACAUUCUCCCAGCAAUUGAGUAUUUUAAUGGUGGUCCUCCGGCAGAAACAGACUUUGGUGGUGAUUAUGGAGGUACACAAUACAGUUUAGUUGUGUUCAAUACUGUGGAUUGUGCUCCAGAGUCAUAUGUACAAUGUCAUGCUCCCACCAGCAGUGCAUAUGAAUUUGUCACCUGGCUUGAUAGUAUUCAGUUCAUGGGGGGUGGAGGAGAGAGCUGUAGCUUGAUUGCAGAAGGACUAAGCACAGCACUGCAGUUGUUCGAUGACUUCAAGAAAAUGCGAGAGCAAAUUGGGCAGACUCACAAAGUUUGUGUUUUGAUCUGUAACUCUCCGCCAUACCUACUGCCAGCUGUGGAGAGCACCACGUACUCUGGCUUCACCACAGAUAAUCUGGUGCAGAUGAUUGGAGAUAGAGGGAUCCAUUUCUCCGUGGUGUCUCCUCGUAAGCUUCCUGCCUUGCGUGUACUCUUUGAAAAAGCAGCACCAGGCAAUGUCGUGGAAACUCCGCUGAAAGACUACAGUCAAGACCCACGUCAUAUGAUAAUGAUCCGAGGGAUGGUGCUUCCAGGUGGAGGAUCAGUUGCACCUGUGCCACAGAAGCCAGCUCCACCACAGCCACAACCAUCAGCACAGCAACAGCCAAAUCUGUUGCCAAGUCAACCACAAGCACCCCAGUUAUCACAGUCUCAGCCACCGUCACAGUCCCAGGCAAUGCCUUCUGUCUCGCAGCCAUAUCAGGGUCCUGCAGUGUCUGGUUCCCUUGCUGCUGCUCAGGCUGCUGCUCAGAUUGCCGUGGAAACAGCGACCAGUCAGCUCAAAGCAGCUGUAGUUCCGUCAACCAAUCGAUUUCCUGCAGUUAGCCAGAUACCUCCAGCGUCAGGUGUGGGAGCCAUGUUUAGCCAGGCUACUCCACAAGCAUUAACGACGAGCUCUGUGGCCAGUAUAACCAAAGUCAUCCCGUCCACUGCUUCUAUGAUGACUGCAGCAGCACAAUCUAGCCUGGUGUCCACGGUUACCACUGGUGUUCCAUUACCGCAGCAACCACAGGCAGCACAGCAGCCCAACCAGCAGUCCAUGCAGACUGUAGGUGUUGGAGCCAGCGCUGGAAAUGUGGUUGGAGUUACUGUGGCACCUAGCUCAGUGGCCAAUAAGAUCCUAGCAUGGAGUGGGGUCUUGGAGUGGCAGGAGAAACCCAAACCUGCAUCGGUGGAUUUGAACGCAAAACUGACACGAUCACUUCCUUGCCAGGUGUAUGUCACCCCAGGGGAGAACCUAAAGACAGACCAGUGGCCUCAGAAACUUAUCAUGCAGCUCAUUCCUCAACAGUUAUUGACAACACUUGGACAUUUAUUCCGUAAUUCUCGAAUGGUCCAGUUUCAGUUCACAAACAAGGAUUUGGAGUCAUUAAAGGGACUGUAUCGGAUCAUGGCCAAUGGUUUUGCAGGCUGUGUCCAUUUCCCACACAGUGCUCCUUGUGAGGUCCGUGUCUUGAUGCUGCUGUACUCCUCCAAGAAAAAAAUCUUCAUGGGUUUGAUCCCAAAUGAUCAGAGUGGCUUUGUGAAUGGAAUCCGACUGGUCAUAACCAACCACAAGAAAGCACAACAGCAGAAAAUUGAACAGCAGAGAAAUCAAAUGGGUGGAACACAGCCACUGGGCACUGGGUCUAUUCCAAACCCAGCAUUUAUGCAGAAGCCUGGAACAAUGCCAGUCUCUCAAGGAGUGCAACAGCAACAGAUGCCAGGUCAGCCAGUGACCACCUCAAUACCUCAGGUUCAUACAGUUACAACAAUGGAUGACCAACAGCGGCAGCAGAAUCUGCAGCAGCAAAUGCAGCUUAGAGCGCAGCAGCAAGCCCAGGCUGUGACACAGCAGCAACAGUCAGGUGGCCCUCCUCAGAAUCCACCUCCGGCUCCACAGCAGACCGGACCCCUGCUCAGACCACCCAACCCUGGGGCUAACCCACAGCUUCGCAGCCUGCUGCUCAGUCAGCAAACAUCUCAGAGUGGGGUUCCACAGCCUCAACAGCCUAUGCACCAUAUCCAGCAGCAAGCCUCUCAAAUGCUGUCCCAUCAGUCCAUGGGUCAGCAGAUGUCCCAUCACCCUCCAGGACAGCAACUCCAGAUGCAAGGGCAACAGCUAAUGCACCAAGGCCCUGGGCAACCAUGGGGCAACCAGAUGGCUCAACGACCACCUUUGCAAGGCCAGAUGAUGAUGAAUGCAGGCCCACGGGGCCCAGUCCCUCAAGGUGGAUUGCAGCAAGGCACAAGUCUGUUGGAGGAAGAGAUUCUGAUGGAUCUAAUCUAAAAGUUUGACUUUUCUUUGUGUGAAGUGUGGACAUGACAUACAGAAAUCCAAACUGGAAGUCAUCAAGAUGAACCUUUUUGUCCUGCAAGGGCAAUCAAAAGAAAAUUCACAUUUGACUUUAAAUGGACUAGUGGUAGGAGCUGGAUGAGACUUUUUUAAAAAUAUUAGAUUUUCUGAAACCAGUAGAGGUUGUGUGGAUCAGGCAACCUGUUGGUACUAAAACUUUUUUUUUUAAAAAGGGUCGAGACUAGUUUGAGUGCUGCAUUUGCAGUAGUUUGAAGGUUGCUUUCAGUUUGGUUUAUUUUUGCUCUUGUAUUGAUCUGAUUACUGUAGUUUUUAAAAGAAAUGAUGUAUUUUAUUUUUAAGAAAAGCAACCUGUGUCUGUUUUUGUUUCUUUUUUUACACCCUCUCAGUCAGCAGAUGUGAAAAUAGUCUUCAAGUAAUCAACAUUGUAACUAGGGCUGCUGGCUUGAGCCAUGACAUUGGCAGUCGAUAGGGAUCAUGCUCUCGGCUCUAAGGUUGCUUUGCUGAUGCUGCAAGUUCACUGAAUGCUUCAGUAGCUCUGAAGAACUGAUGUCUCCACAUCAGACUCUAUAUUUGUAAGUAUGAAAAAAAGGAAUUUUUCUUCUCAAGAAAUGAGAAUAGCCAGUUUUCAUAUUCGAGUUUUUUACAUGUGCCACAAACAGUUAAAGAUUUGGUUUCAGUCCGGUCACAUGGCUAAAAUGGUGUAACCGGGACCUGAACUUGCAAGGAAGUGAGAAAUAAGCUGCAGAAGGAUAAUUGGCUUUGGGGUAAAAGCGAGUGAAGGUUCUGCCUGAGUGCAAUGAAGAAGUGUAGCUUUGUUUGCUGACUUGGCUGGUUCCUUUGACUGUUUCCAUUUAAGUUUUCUGCCUUCAGUGGUUGCCCUUGUUUGCAUUAUGCAAUGAAAUACAGCUUUGAUUUCCCAUUUUCACAAGGCAUUGUUCCAUAAAAUUCCACGUACAGAACAUAAGUCAAAUGAAGCGGUGUUUGAAAUUGCAAAAGCAGAAAGAACUUUUUUUAACAAAAGUGACAUCCAAAAAAGUGUCAUUAUUUCAGCUGUUUUGGAGUUGAGAAACUAUCGCUAUCUCCCCUAUUGGGCAAGGUAGAGGGCAGCUGAAUGAGUUCGGCCUAGGUACAGUUAGAUGAUUUGACAUCUGAGUGGUUGCAGUUGAGCUGCAGUUUAUAAGAGAAUGGUGCAAGGCAGAUGAGCAUGGCAUAUCAUGACAGCAGAUCUCGUGGUAAAAGUAGUUACCAGCAGCUAAAUCAUUCCUCCCACACUCUUCUACCCCAAAACCUUCUCAUCGCUUAGUUAGUCAUGCACACCUUCCUGUCAACUUGAGGUUCAAGCCCCACUCCAGAGGCUUCAGCACAAAAUCUAAACCAGCACUUUGCGGUUGUGAGGGAGAAGCCAUUUUUCAGAUAUGUUAAGCUCAUGCCUGUCAUACGAGUGUAAAAUAUGUUGAUACUAGUAUUCUGCAGAAGACUAGGAGUAAAACAAAUAAUCAGGUCAAUUAUCUCUCAGCUGUUGUUGAGAAUCUCAUUUCAUAAUUUGGUUGUUCUAAAUGAUGAUUGUCGUGACAUAAAUAGUUCUGAAUCACUAUAGGGCAUCCUGAGACCAUGAAAAAUAUUAUUUAAAUUCAAGUUUGUUCACUUCUUAUUCCAUGAUGGUUAAGAUGAUUAUAGUUGGAGAUUCCUAGAUUCUGAGGUUCUCUCUCUUCACUUGGAAGAAUGCACUAAUAAUCUUUACUGCCAUUUUCUUCUAGCAAGUAACCCCACUGACUGUUGUGCCACUGGGGAGAAACGCCCCUUUCAGUGGAUCCUAUUUCACUCCGGAUAUCCUGAUAUUAAAUGGUACUACUCUCAAAGGUUUCUCAGACUAGUAAAGUUCAUUUGGCUCACACUUCAGUUGUAGAAUUCUUAAGCAGGAGUUCUAAUUUCUCUUUACUAAAUUAACUUGUGUUCUCCCACAGGGGCUGAUUUCCUCUUGGUCAGAGUGUCAAUUGCUCUACACACGCUCUAGUACCUCAACCAAGUGCUUGUAAUUUCUGGGUGUGUCCUGGCAGAACAUUUGACCCCUCAAACCUGGGAACAGUUUUUAUGGGUACCGUCUCAGGUUAGGUAACUCUGUAUAAACUAGUCAUCAAACCUGGCGACCUUCAGUUCAUCACAUCUGGUCAUUCGGUGUCUGAACCAUGAGUCCAUCAGGAAAGCAGAAAUUCAUUAUUUUAACACAGUGCCCAUAUCCUGUGAAUUCAUACAAAAAUGGAAGCUCAUUGAAUUGCAUUGCACUUACAGUGCAGAACUGGGUAUUCAGUCUAGCAGUUCAAUAUCAGUGUUUAUGCUCCUCUUCGCAUCAUUCUUCUCACUUCAUCAACAUAUCCUUCUCUUCCUUUCUGUCUCUAAUUACCAUGGUUCCUCUUAAAUUUUCAGCAUCUUGCUUUCUAUUAGGACAGCCAAUACAAAUAUGACCAGUCUGACCUGGGUCGCUGAUCUUUGAAACUUUGAAUUUCCAGGUGAGUAAGAGUCAAAUCCAACAAUUUGCAUUUUUAGUUUGGUAUGGGAUUGUCAAUAAAUAAUGAGGUGCCUUUACAAAAUCUCAAGGUUUGUCUGUAAUGAGGAGAAAAAUAUUCUUGUCUGUUCAAUUGGUCAUCUCAAGAAACUGACCUUGUUAAAGAAAUCACUUGGGACUCUAAAUUUAAUGUUGGCUUUUUAAAAAUUGAUUUAAUUCUCAUUUAUGAUGAGAAUAAAUCACAACUAGUUUACAGUUGUUACAAGUUCCACAUUUUAACACUGUCAUGUGACAGGAAUGGUACCCAGUAGUAUAUUACCAUACACAAUUAAUGUUCAGAGAAAGUGUGCAUUCCCUACCCACUGCCUCCUUUCUACCUAUCCCUGACUGGCUUUUUCAUGUUUUCAAUGAGAUGGAUUUUUAUUAAAUGUGGCAUCGCUUUCAUGUCUUUUUUUUAAUGUGUUGUCUCUUGGUGCCGUGGUUUAUAUUCUUUCAAAUGUUGUACAGAAGUACUGGAAGUGUUUGUAAUGUGUAUCAAGGGAUGAGAAAAGGAAUAAUGUGUUUGGUGAAUAGUGUAUAGUUUCUUUUCAAAUCAUAAUAAAUUUAUUCAUA